ACUAUUUAGCUUUUACUAGGAGAACAACGUCAAAGCUCGCUAACAACACCUACCACCUUCUUCUUCAAUGACCAUGGAAAACCCACCUUCAACAAGGAGCUCUGAUUCUCUCUCUGCUACUCUCUGCAACUCAAUCCAAGCUCUGGGUCGUGGUUUUGAUGUCACAUCAGAUAUUCGGCUUCUCUACUGCAAGGGUGCUCCUGGGUCAAGGCUUGUUCGUCUUGAUGAGGAACAUACCAGGGAUCUUGCUAUCUCUCAUGGUGUUGUUGUUCCCAAUGUUUCUGGGGAUAUUGUUUGCUCCCUUGGGAAGAGUGCUUUGGAGAAAACCCCUGUGUGUAGUUUCCAUGAGAUGGCAAAACAUUUCAAUGAGAGGUCAGGCAUAACAGGACAAAUACCACUUGGGAGCUUCAAUUCCAUGUUCAAUUUUACUGGCUCAUGGGUCGUUGAUGCAGCAGCUACUAAAUCCCUGGCCAUGGUUGGAACUUUCAUUCCACUGGUCGAAGUUAAAUUAGCGAAACUAAAUUUGGUGUUGAAUGAUGAAGUCAAGCGUGCUGUUCCUUACUCUUGGGAUCCAGCAUCCUUGGCAAGUUUUAUUGAGAAUUAUGGUACCCAUAUUGUUACAUCUGCAACAGUUGGUGGAAGAGACGUGGUGUAUAUCAGGCAGCACCAGUCAUCAUCUUUAUCUGCCUCAAACAUUGAGAAUUAUGUGAAGGAGAUUGGAGAUGAUAGGUUUUUUGAUGGAAAAAACAAAUCAGGUCCUGGUCCUGUAAAGUACAAGGAGAAGGAUGUUACAGUCAUCUUUAGAAGGAGAGGAGGAGAUGAUCUUGAGCAAAGUCAUACUAAAUGGGUGGAAACUGUAAAAUUGGCACCAGAUAUCAUUAACAUGAAGUUUACUCCUAUUGCAUCUCUUCUUGAAGGAGUGCCUGGCGUAAAGCAUUUGGCUCGUGCCAUUGAACUGUAUCUGGAGUACAAACCUCCUAUUGAAGACCUACAGUAUUUCUUGGAUUUCCAAAUAACUCGAGUUUGGGCGCCAGAGCAGAACAAUCUACAAAGAAAGGAGCCUGUCUGUCCAUCCCUUCAGUUCAGCUUGAUGGGACCUAAGCUUUUUGUCAGUCCAGAUCAGGUAACGGUUGGACGCAAGCCCGUGACUGGGCUAAGGCUUAGCCUAGAAGGCAGCAAACAGAAUCGACUUGCGAUUCAUUUGCAGCAUUUGGUCUCCCUCCCCAAAAUCUUCCAACCUCACUGGGAGACACACAUGGCCAUUGGUGCUCCCAAGUGGCAAGGUCCUGAGGAGCAAGACAGCCGUUGGUUCGAGCCAAUCAAGUGGAAGAACUUCUCCCAUGUAAGCACUGCACCAAUCGAGAUCACUGAAACCAGCAUUGGGGACCUCUCUGGUGUUAACAUUGUCACUGGUGCCCAGCUUGGUGUUUGGGACUUUGGUGCCAAAAAUGUGUUACACCUCAAGCUCCUUUUCUCUAAGGUACCAGGGUGUACUAUAAGGCGAUCAGUGUGGGAUCAUAACCCCUCCACUCCUGCUACUGCUGCUCAGAGAUCAGAUGGUGCUUCAUCAUCACUGACAAAGAAAACCUCUGAUGAUAAAAAGGAAGAUAGUUCAAUUCACAUUGGAAAACUGGCAAAAAUUGUGGAUAUGACAGAAAUGUUCAGAGGGCCCCAAGAUAUUCCUGGUCAUUGGUUAGUUACAGGGGCUAAGCUUGGAGUCGAAAAAGGGAAAAUUGUACUCAGGAUUAAGUACUCUUUGCUUAACUAUUGAUUGAUAUUCUUCUUUCGCUCUUUAUUUGUUAUUUUUUAUUUUUCCCCCCUUCACAACUAGAAACUAUAGUCAAGCAUUCUUUACACAGGGAAUCUGAGUUCUUUUGUGAUGUAGAUUUUGCUCAUUAGUUAUUUAGUUGAAGGCAUUGCAGUCGUUUAUUAUAUUUCUA